AUGCGUCAUGAAUCGCCUAACGAGAGGAAGAAAAAUCGAUGUCAUCAGUCUUCUGGGAGUCAAAAGAAUCGUAUGAUGCUUCAACAUUUCCAUGUGUUCAUUCAUAUGCUUCCGGUCAAGAACAUCUUCAUCAAAUUCAUCAUCAGCAUUAAAUUGCGUGUCAUUUCCGAGAAGUUCAUUCCCAAAGACUUCGACAUCUUCUUUGUAUCUUUCACACUUCUCUCCGGGAAUCGGGACGAAAGGUGA